AUGCCUAGUCGAGAAAUCGUAAGGGCAGAAUCGCCCCGUUCAUCAAGGUCUCCUCGUCAGAAAUUUCGUUCUUCACCAUCGUCGCCGUCGCAGAAACUCGAAAAUGAACACGGUCCGGCAACACGUCGAAGUCUACGAGAUCGACGACUAGUUCUGAUUAUCCCACCAAAACGAACUCAACUUAAAAGAAGGUUUGUGAAGACUUAUCCGAUUCCAAGGCGUUCUAUACGGAAGCUGGCUAUUGACGCCGGGUUAGUGCGAUUGCGCAGAGAUGUCUAUGAGGAAUCGCUGCUCUAUCUCGAGAUUUUUCUCAAUGGCAUCGUCCAUGACAUCGUUCAAUACUGCACUCAUGCGAAAAGGAAAACCAUUCAAGUGGAAGACGUCAAGAACGCUCUGAAGCGCCGAGGGCUACGCGUCUAUGGAUUCGACGAUUAG